CUUCGUAUCGAAGUGCGCGCCCCGACGGGUACUGAAUUAGUUCGCGUUAGCCAGCUCAGCCAACGCACGAACCAGAUGAACUCGACGCAGCUACGUCUCGCAUCGGAAACGGCCGUGGCAGACUGGCUGGCAGGUGAUGGACAGUGGAUUCUCGCCACGUGGGUGUCAGAUCGCUUCGGAGACUAUGGCUUGGUGUGCUGCGCCUUCUGCGCAGAUCUAGCGGAAGCUGUGGUUGUGCAGUGUUUGUGCAUGAGCUGCCGGGUCUUGCAUCGCGGCGUGGAGGAGGCAACCUUGCGCCACGUUGCUGUGAAGGCCUUGUCUGCAGGCUACCAGGAA